AUGACCCAUAAUUCAAUUGCUAGAUAUGGUGUCUUAAUAUUAUUAGUAGCUUUUAUUAGUAUAUUAUAUUUUGCCACCACUCAUCAAGUUUUAAGACCCGCAGGUUCAGGUCCAUCUAUAAAUUCCGAAAGUUAUGCCACGAACGAUACAGGACCUAUUUUUCAAAAUCAAGAAAUUUUUGAUCAAAAUGAUGGCGAAGUAAUUCAAUAUGGUGAUAUUAGAAAAUUUCCUAGAAAAGAAACUCAAGGUUAUCUAUAUAAUCGUGGUGAUGGUUGUUCAAUUAUUAGUGUUGAAAAGAAUAUACCUUUACCAUCAAAUGAAGACCGAGUUGGAUUAAUUUCUUUGGAUGAAAGAAAUUGUAAUAUAUCUACGAAAAUACAGAAUUCUAUCCAAAAUGGAACUAGAAAUAUGAUUUUUUGGUCAUCAGAUAAACAAGAUUAUGGUAAAUUAAAAACGGCUUUCGAAAUUUAUAAUGAUCGUAAUGAUCGUAAAGAUCGUCAAAAAGAUAAAGCCCUUUUAGUAUUCUCGGUAAAUAAAAAUACUUCAGAUGAAUGGAUAAAACAAUUAAACGAUUUAUAUGAUAAUUAUGCUAACAAAAGUUCCGGUUUAAGAGUAACCCUGAGAUCAUCUCAACCGAUUUACGCUAGUUCUUGGUUAUUUGCAAUGUUUGCAGUUGGUGGUGUAUUGGUGGUAUCGUUCUUUAUUUCUAUAUUAAUACAUCUGAGAAUUUAUAGAAGACGACAAUCGCAAGAAGAAGAAAUUGAAAGACAACGAUCAAAUGAAGAUUCAUUAGGAAUGAAAAAAUGGACAUUGGAUAAAGAGACUGUCGAUGCAUUUCCCGUUAUUAUUUAUUCAACAAAAAUAUCCUCUACAGAAAAAGAACCAAAAUCUAAUAAUAAUAAUAAUGAUGGUGAUGAUGAUGGUAAUGUCAAAGUAGAAGUUGAAAAUGUUAAAGUAGAAGAUGAAAAAGUUAAUGGUGAUGAAAAUAAGAAUAUUAAAAGUGAUGAAGAAAUUAAAAAUGUUAAAAUAGAAGAUGAAAAAUCUAAUGAUGAUGAAAAAGUUGAAAAAGCUAAUGAUGAUGAUGAAAAUAAAAAUACUAAAAGUGAAGAAGACUCGAAAAAGCAAAGUGAUAAUCUACGUAGACAUUAUUCUCUUAGAUCAAUCAGAUCUUUCAGAUCUACAAGAUCUACUAAAUCUACUAAAUCUCAACGAUCAGUUAAAGCCAUUAGUAAUGCUAUUGCACUUUAUGCAUCACCAUCAGUAGAAACACGUACAGAAGGUUCUACGGAAGAAUCACCCAUUGAUUUAAUUGCAAACUCGGAAACCAGAGAAACUUGUGCUAUAUGUUUAGAAGAUUUUGAUGAUGGCGAUGAAAUACGUGAAUUGCCUUGUCGUCAUUGGUAUCACGUUGAAUGUAUUGAUCCUUGGUUAACAACAAAAAGUAGUUCUUGCCCAUUAUGUAAAAACGAUUGUAAACCUAAAAAUUUAAGUGAAGGUGAUGGUAAUGUUCAAGGAAAUACGAUCGUACAAGAAAGAGAAUCACAGACUACUCAAGUAAUUGAUAAUCAAGACUCUCCUACAAAUCCUUCAAUAAGAGGUAAUAAUACCGUUACACAUUUAAUGAUUAACGCAUUAGAUUUAUUAUUUGGAUCACGACAAAGAAUGCGAAGACGUCGAGGACAACAAAAUGAUAUAGAGAUUGGGAAUACUACUUCCACUACUUCGAAUAAUGUAUAA